GUUUUACAUCCUGUAAAGAAGGGGUCACGUUAGAUAUAUCAGACAGACUGCGUACCUGUUUUUGGUACGUGGAACCAUUUGCAUAUUGGACUUUUGUCUUUACACGGAUUGUUUACGGUAACGGUCAAAAUAAUGAGUAUUUACCUGAUUUUCUUCUUAGUUUUAUCCUAUUUGGUUUCGAUAAAAUGCCUUUACUAUCGACAUCGGCGAACUUUGGUGAAGUCGUUGAAACGUGUAAUGAACGUUUUACCAGGCAGAGAAGCCGACGGCGCUGAUAUCACAGCUCUGAUUGUAACUGCGCAUCCGGAUGAUGAAUGUAUGUUCUUCGCGCCAACGAUUAUACGACUCGUUGAGUUAAAUGCCAGCGUCCAUUUGCUGUGUUUAUCUGAAGGAAACUACCAUAACCAAGGAGCUCAGCGUAAACAGGAACUUCUCAAAAGCUGUGCCGUGUUGGGGAUACCAGCCUCCCGAGUCACCGUAGUAGACCAUAAAAAACUUCCAGACGACACCAAAGCAGAAUGGAGCGUCUCUUUGGUCUCUUCUGUAAUUGUGAGGCACAUCCGCGCCCACUCCGUCAACAUGGUGCUGACCUUCGAUGGAAAAGGAGUGAGCGGCCAUGCCAAUCACACAGCCGUCCAUAAAGCUGUCAGCCAUCUGGCUUCUACUGGACAAGUGCCCAAUGACUGCUGUUUGCUCUCCCUGGUGACUGUUGGCCUCCUCAGGAAGUACAUCGCCUUCCUGGAGCUUCCCCUCAGCUGGCUGCUGUCCUCGUGUCUCUGCUGCAUUAUAGGCUCACAGGGCUACAGGCAAGCCAAAGCUGCCAUGCUUUGUCACCGCACUCAACUCCUGUGGUUUCGUUACCUAUACAUCACCUUCUCGCGGUACAUGUUCGUAAACACAUUCCAAAUGAUCCCACAAGGACCAAAGAACCUGAAGAUCUAUUAAAAGUUUGUCCCAUCCUGAAGCACUGAUAGAUUAGGUGUCUCGCUGCAUAACUACUUGAAUACAGAGGCGGGAGUGUAUUUACAGGUUGUUUACAGAUCUGAUGAGCUGCUUUGCUCACAGUGAACAUAAGCUUUCCAUAAAUAAAACUGACAGCAAUCUUGAAAUAAUGAAUUUCUUCUUGCUACAGAAAUGUCUUUAUAGUUUUGAGCCAUUACACUGUAUAAAAACAAAACGGGUUUGUAUCGACUGUGGAGCUUCUUUAUUUCAUCUUAUAACUUCACAGAUUGUUGACAAUACUGUAAAAUAUUUCUGGUGCACUACUGAUUAAAAAGAUAGAUUCUUAUAUCA